AUGAGUGAACGCACUCCUCUUCUACACUACCGGCUCUCCGCGAGCGUCCACGAGCAAUCCGGUGAGCACCAAGUGCACGACGAAGCACGGGACCGGCCCGCCGCCAGGCGGAAAUCCACGCAUGGCCAAGCCAGAAAACUGUCCACCUUCUUCGGGGUGGUGAUCCCCACCCUCCUGUCCAUGUUCAGCGUGGUGGUGUUCCUGCGGAUAGGUUUCGUGGUGGGACAGUGUGGACUGUACCAGGCCAUCCUGAUGUUUCUGGUGGCCUAUUUCAUCAUCAGCAUGACCGUUCUGUCCGUCUGUGCCAUCUCCACCAACGGGGCUCUGGAUGCUGGAGGAGCGUACUACAUGAUCAGUCGUGCGUUAGGACCGGAGUUCGGCGGCAGCAUUGGCAUCAUGUUCUUCCUGGCUAACGUGUGUGGCAGCGCCCUCUAUGUGUUAGGACUGGUAGAAGCCAUGCUGGCUACGUUCGGACUUCCUGAAGAUGGAUCCGACCACGGUUCCUCGUACGCGGUGAUGCCCGUGGGAUACUGGUGGUCUCUACUUUAUGGCAGCUGCAUCCUCUUGGUGUGUGUGUUGGUGUGUUUGGUUGGCGCAGGGAUCUAUGCCAAGGCCACCUUCCUGAUCUUUCUGAUCGUGAUGGUGGUGCUGGCGACCAUUUUUAUAAGCUUCUUCUCUGUGAGACCUCACCCCGUCACGCUGCCCAGCACGCCAGAUAACAGCAGCUCGGCUCCCACCGGCGCCAACUUCACCGGCUUCAAACUCGACACGCUGCUCAGCAACCUCGACGCUGAUUAUACGGUGGACUACACCACAGGAGUGAUGAUGAGCUUUGCUACGGUGUUUGCGGUUAUGUUCAACGGCUGCACAGGGAUCAUGGCCGGGUCCAACAUGUCCGGUGACCUGAGGAACCCGAGUUACUCCAUCCCUCGUGGAACCAUCACGGCCGUCAUCUUCACCUUCAUCAUCUACAAUCUGCUCAGCUUACUGGUAGCCUGCACCUGCGACAGACUGCUGUUACAGAGGGAUUACAGCUUCCUGAGGGAUAUAAACGUCUGGCACCCGUUCGUCACCAUCGGCGUCUACUCUUCCACCCUGUCGGCCGCCAUGAGCAACCUGAUCGGGGCGUCACGGAUCCUCUACGCUCUCGCCAGGGACGACCUGUUCGGUAAAGUCCUCUCCCCUGCUAAGAAGACCUCGGGCGGUGGGAACCCCUGGGUCUCGGUUCUCAUCUCCUGGUUCCUGGUGCAGUUGGUGUUAUUUUCGGGGAAGUUGAACACCAUAGCCAGUAUUGUGACCAUCUUCUUCCUGCUGGUUUACGCUGCAGUCGAUCUGGCCUGUCUGGCUCUGGAAUGGGCGUCUGCACCCAACUUCAGACCAACCUUCCGCUACUUCACGUGGCACACGUGCGUGUUGGGCAUCCUGGGCUGUGCAGUCAUGAUGUUCCUCAUCAACGCCAUCUACGCGUCGGCCAGCAUCGCCUUCAUGCUGCUCCUGCUCCUGCUAAUUCAUUACCUCAGUCCUACCAGCAGCUGGGGCUACAUCAGCCAGGCGCUGAUAUUCCACCAGGUGCGUAAAUAUCUGCUCAUGCUGGACGUGCGUAAAGAUCACGUGAAGUUCUGGAGACCUCAGGUGCUGCUGAUGGUGGCGAACCCCCGCGCCAACGUCGGCCUCAUCACCUUCAUCAACGACAUCAAGAAGAGCGGCCUCUACGUCCUGGGCCACAUCCAGAUCGGAGACCUGGCUCUCCUGCCGUCUGAUCCACUCCAGGCUCAGUACGACUCCUGGCUCUCCCUGGUGGAUCACCUGAACAUCAAGGCCUUCGUUAACCUGACGUUAGCCGACUCUGUGAGACGCGGGGUGCAGCACUUACUCUUCAUUUCGGGACUUGGUGGGAUGAGACCAAACACGUUGGUCUUGGGCUUCUAUGAUGACAUUCCUCCCCAGGAUCAGCUCCAGGAUCGCUCUUUCCACUCAGGCAGAUCUCUAGAGAACCCCGUUUUUUCGGAAGACCCGGAGGACCCACUUUUCCAUUUUCCGCCUCUUCGCGGGAGCAUAGACGGCGCCUGGCAUGGAAAAACGAUGGGUCCUCAGGAGUACGUGAGCGUGAUCGCGGACGCCGUGAAAAUGCUAAAGAACGUGGCAUUGGCGCGCUACUUCUGCCAGUUCGAUCACACCCGGGUCCGGCACGGCCCCAUCUACGUGGACGUCUGGCCGGUCAACCUGCUCCGACCCGACAGCUGCUCCUACGUGGACACGUGCUCGCUGUUCCUCCUCCAGCUGGCGUGCAUCCUCAACAUGACCACGGCGUGGCGCAAGGCCAAGCUCCGCCUCUUCCUGUGCGUGGAGCGAGGGCGUAGCCUCACGGAGGUGGAGCGUAAGCUGGGUCUCCUGCUGAAGGAGCUCCGGAUGAAGGCGGAAAUCUGCACGGUGCCGUGGGACGCCCAGGUGGCGCUGCACUGGCAGAGGAGGGACGGAGCCGUACAGACAGGUCGGGCCGAGGAGAAAGAGGAGGAGACGGAGGAGGAGGAGGAGUACGCCAACGGUUUCCAUAGCAACACCUCACGCCUGACGGACGACUACCUCCUCGCCGUUAACAGGCUGAUCUGCGACCAGCCCUGCCCCCCGCCGGCCCUGCGUUUCCUGUAUUUGCCCCGCCCCCCCGCAGAUACACGCCGGUACUGCGACUACCUGCAUCAGCUGGAGCUGCUGAGCCGUGACCUCGGGCCCACGCUGCUUAUCCACGGGGUCACGCCCGUCAUCACUACCGACCUGUAA